AUGUUUGCUUCUCGAUUUUUGUCUGCGGCUUUGUUCCUUUCGUUUCUGAGGAUUGUCCUCGCCGGUUUACCCAAGAAAAUAUAUGGCGUCAACCUUGGUUCUUGGCUACUCCUCGAGCCGUGGAUGCUACCAGCAGGAUGGUUGGCCAUGGGUGGAGAGAUGUGUUCAGACUGUUCGACGUGCAUAGCGAGUGAAUCCGCUUUUGCUGAAGCAUAUCCUGAGAAAAAGGUCUCCGCAGAAUUCAAUAAACAUUGGGCCACUUGGUUUAACCAAGAUGAUGUCAACGAACUUGCCUCCCUCGGCAUCAACACAGUUCGCAUUCCUCUAGGAUACUGGAUAAUAGAACAAUUAGUCGAUAAAGGCGAAUUCUUUCCAAAAGGUGGCCUCAAACAUCUGCGGAGAGGGCUGCGUCAACUCCAUGAUGCUGGUAUCGUCGCGAUUUUGGACCAUCACGCUUUACCCGGUGUUCAGACCGCUCAGCAAAUGUUCACGGGAAGAUGCACGAGAGAUGUCGAGUUCUAUACUGACUACAACUAUCACCGUGCUUUGGUGUGGACGGCCGUAAUGACCGGCAUGGCACAUCUUGAUCCAAUGUUCAAAGGCGCCGUCUCAAUCCAGGCAGUCAACGAGCCUAUCAUGGAUGCGACCUUGACUCCCGGAUAUGGUGAAUUCCAAAAGAACUUCGUCUUGACUGUUCGUGCGGUCGAAGCACUCUUAGGAAUCGGUGUACACGCUAGAUUUCCCCACUUCCCCUCAGCCAACUUCACAGCAGUGUUGACGGAAGCAUCGAAUACGAACCAAUUCAACCCUGAAGUCCAGGAUGCACUCGCUGCUGCGGGCCCGAUCCUCCUUCAGAUAGCGGCGGAAUUUAAUAUCCAGCCGGUGUUCAACGUGCACGCUCAAGACGGUGGCCAGCGAGAGCCACUCACUACAAAUUUCAUGGAUAUCAAUUGGCAGUUCAACGACCCACCUAAUCCUGCCGAUGCCACUCUCGGUCCUCAGGGUUACGACAACCAUUUAUAUUAUUCCCCGACAUCAGUUUCUUGCGUCCUCAUGAUCCCACAGGGAGUAGCUGAUCCCAACCCAGACGCUUACUUGAUAAGCAUUUGCAAUUUACGCCGCGUAGAGAACGACGCGGCGGUGGGCAAUUCUCCCCUUUGGUUCGGAGAGUGGGCACUCUCUACCCAAUUCGACGCUUCCGACGAUUUCCUUCGUGACUGGGCAGAUGCCCAGAAAUUGGCGUAUAGCAAGGGCCAAGGCUGGAUAUUCUGGAGCUUCAAGAUCGAAAUCUCGCCAGAGGCCGGUGAUACGGCGCGUCAGUGGUCCUAUACAGAAGGCGUGAAGCGUGGAUAUCUUACUCGGAAACCAGCCGAGCUUCACAACCCACAUGUGUGCGAUGACUUUGUGGAGCAGUAG